AUGAAAGAAUCACUCAAGCCAUUUGCCACGGGUCAUGAAGAAUUGAUUCAUGACCUGGCGUACGAUUUUUAUGGAAGACAAUUAGCCACAUGUUCUUCGGACCAACACAUCAAGGUGUUUGACCUAGACCCCAACACGUCGGAGUGGAUUCUGAACGACUCAUGGAAAGCACACGAUUCGUCAGUUGUGAAGGUUGCAUUUGCUGCUCCCGAAUUCGGGCAUAUCCUUGCAUCGAUUUCGUACGAUCGUUCGGUGAAGAUUUGGGAGGAGGAUUUCGACGAGCAAGCAGGCUCUGGAAGGAGAUGGAAGAGACUGGCCACCAUCUCUGGAUCACAAGGGGCAUUGUAUGAUAUUGCGUUUGCACCCAGUCACUUGGGAUUGAGACUAGGAACGAUCGGUAGUGACGGAGUGCUAAGAAUCUAUGACGCACUCGAGCCUUCGAAUUUGCGGAAUUGGACUCUAAUCAGCGAGCUAAGUGUAUUGGCGGUACCACCAGCAGCAAACUUGCAAUCAGACUUUUCUCUAACGUGGUCUCCAUCCAGAUUUUCACCUGAAAAGGUGCUUGUGUGUGCUUUAGACCAGGCGUUCAUCUAUGUCAAGGACAAAAACGACAGGUACGUUAUGGGCAAGAUGCUUCCUGAACACAACGGAUUGAUACGUAGCGUUUCUUGGGCACCAACUAUGGGAAGGAGUUAUCAUCUCAUUGCCACGGGGUGUAAGGAUGGAUAUGUUCGUAUUUUCAAGCUCACAGAGUCUUUGAAGGGAGACGAUGGUCUGGAAGAUACGGUGAAGGAGCUCGACGCUUUCGCUACCAAUGGUGCAUACGAUUCAGAGCCAGGCUCAGACAUACAGAUAGAGACUUUGUCAACCCACAAUGACCACGAUGGUGAGGUCUGGAAGGUCAGCUGGAACGUUACAGGCACCAUUCUGUCGAGUGCUGGUGAUGACGGGACCAUACGGUUGUGGAAGGCUUCUUAUUCCAACAAGUACCAGUGCAUGUCUGUGAUAUCAGCCCAGCAGAAAUGA